UCCUUUGCCAGCUGUUCUAGAGCCAGCCACCUCACACGUCACGUGGGUAGCAUGCUGCCUUUCCUUCCAAAGUUGACGCUUUGAUUGACGUUCCAGUGGACCAAUCACAGCUCAUCCUUACAGAACCUUUGGCCAAUCAACAUCUGAGAAGACUUGAAGCGCUUUGGUGUAUGGGCUCAGCUUACAUCGAAGAGUGCAAAGUGAAAAGCGCUGCGAAAAGUGGAUUGGUCUUAAUGGAACAAGUUGUAUUUCAGUCAGAAAAGUGAACCGACUUCCCUUAAAAACGGUGUUAUGGACGACAGAUAAGACUAUGGAGCAGUCAUAAAAUGGAAUGUCUGCUGUUGAAGUGAAUCUCCUCCCUGCUGCUGUUUGCAGAGUCUGUUUGUUGGAGGAGUUGCCGGCAUGGACACGGAAGAGUUUCCUCCCCCUCCUCCUGAAAUGUUGGCAGACAGUGUCCCGUUUGCAGAGGAGAAUGAGGGAGAGCCCUUCGACUUCGAUGACGAUGAAAUGCCCGAACCACCUCCAACCUCUCAAGAUAGGAGCAAGGACGGGGGUGUGGCCGCCCCCCCAGUACCUUCCACAGCUCCGUCACCAGCAGACAGCUCGGUUGCUGAAAGCGGCAGCUCCUCUGUGGGCGGAGCCCAGGCGGGAGCAGAGGGGACAUCUGCUGCUAGAGGGAAUAAUGAAAGGGAGAAAGAUUUACCACCUCCUCCAUCUCCUCCCCCUCUUCUUGACGAUGACCUACAGACAGAUCCUGGAACCGCAGGUCCGGAAAGUGGAGGGGGCGGGGUCACUGUGGACUCUAUGUUGGCAGACAGUGUCCCGUUUGCAGAGGAGAAUGAGGGAGAGCCCUUCGACUUCGAUGACGAAGAAAUGCCCGAACCACCUCCAACCUCUCAAGAUGGGAGCAAGGACGGCACACAAACCCUGAAGACCUCCCCCAAAGACCCCCACCCUCCUCCAGCCUCACACGGCUCCUCCCCUCAAGGCAAAGUCAACCCCUACUCUGUGAUCGACAUCGCUCCCAUCCCACCUCCUCUGCACCAGCUCCAGAAUGGGUCCUCCUCCUCCACCUCCUCCAUCAUGGAGCCUAAAGCACAAGAAGGAGAAGGCCAGGAUCAUAACAGCUCUCCUGGAUUGACCUCAGGAUACUCCGUGCCAGUGCCGUGCGGCUACGCAACUCCUUCCGGCGUGCCGCUCAUCACGCCAGCCUACACUACCCCUGUCAUCAUUCGCCAUCUCUCUGUGGACGAAGAUGUGACAGUUUUAAGGACUUACAAUACCUCUGCUGACAGCGUUUUCAGUGAAGAGUAUCCACCAAUCACAGAAGAGGAUGCUUUGGCGAAGUGGGUGUCAGAUCCAGCCAACACUGCAUGGAUGGAGAGUCCAGAUGAGGUGAUUUAUGAUGAUGUUCCCAGAGAAAACUCUGACUCAAACACAGAUCCAGAUGAGAUGAUCUACGAUGACGUGGAGUUUGGCGAGGAGGGCGGCUGCAGCAGCUCCCCUGACAACGGCUGGAGCUCCAGCGAGUUUGAAAGCUACGACGAGGCCAGCGAGGGGGAAGGAGGGCCCGAGAACGGCCUGCCCAACGCCUUCAUGAGAGGAAAGCCGCCGCAGAAGAAGAACCACCUCUCACAAGAUCUGACGCGCUUGAAAGAGCACUAUGAGAAAAAGAUGAAAGAGCUAAUGGCAAAUACAGUUGGAACGGUAGAGCUGCAGCAGCUAAAACAGAAACACGAGCAGAAGAUGCAAAAGUUGGUGAAGGCCGCGAAAGACGGAACGAAAGACGGUCUGGAGAAGACCAAAGCUGCAGUGAAGAAGGGGCGCUCCUUCAUCCAAACAAAGUCUUUCUGUCACGAGAGGAAGCCCGUGUAUCUCCAGAGCGAGGAGUCUGAGCUUUUCAUCGAGGUGGACUGUUUCAACGUGGAGCCAGUCCUGUGUCCGGCACCAGAAGGCCUUUCACAGCAGCAGCUUGUUAGAAGAUGUAUUUUGGAAUCCAUUUUGGAAAGUGAGAAGAACUAUCUCAACGCCCUUAAAAGGAUUCUAGAGCAUUACGAGAAGCCCCUGUCCCAGAUUGAACCCCGACUGCUCAGCGACAGGAAACUGAAGAUGAUCUUCUACCGUGUGCGUGAGAUCCUGCAGUGCCACUUCCUGUUCCAGAUUGCACUGGCGAGCCGAGUGGCAGAGUGGGACGGCCUGGAGAUGAUCGGGGAUGUGUUUGUUGCAUCGUUUUGUAAGUCCAUGGUGCUGGAUGCCUACAGCGAGUAUGUGAACAACUUCAGCACUGCAAUGGCGGUUGUAAGGAAGACCUGCAUUUCCAAACCCGGAUUCCUGGACUUCCUCAAGCACCGUCAAGAGACCAGCAGUGACCGAAUGACUCUUUAUGGUUUGAUGAUGAAACCCAUACAGAGAUUCCCACAGUUCAUUUUGCUUCUUCAGGACAUGCUGAAGAACACUCCGGUAGGUCACGCUGACCGUCUGCCGCUGCAGAUGGCCCUCACUGAACUGGAGACGCUGGCUGAGAAGCUCAACGAGAAGAAAAGGGAGGCCGACCAGCGCUGUGAGAUCCGUCACAUUUCAAAGGCCAUGAAUGAACGUUACCUCAAUAAGCUGCUGAGUCACGGCAGUCGCUACCUAAUCCGAUCAGACGACAUGGUGGAGACGGUUUACAGCGAGCGGGGAGAAAUCCUCAAAACCAAAGAGCGGCGCCUCUUCUUACUGAACGACGUACUCAUGUGUGCCACACCCAACCUGCGAUGUCAGGAUGGAAGUGGGAGUGGGAGUGGGAGUGUUCCUCUUAACCAGAAGUUCCUUUUAAAGUGGAGCGUCCCUCUGAGCCUGGUGGAGGUGCUGGAGUUUGGCUCCAGCGAGGACGCGGUUGGCGGCGGUGGCCGCCUUCUGGCCCCGCACUCCGGGGAGAAGGUUGUGAUCAACGCAAAGCCAAACAAACUGUAUAUGGGCCCUGGACAACUGUACCAAGAUCUGCAGAACCUGAUCCAUGAUCUCAGUCUGGUUCAUCAGAUUUCCAGCAUGAUCAGCAGCCUGAAAGGAAACUAUCAGAAUGUGAAUUCCACCGUGGCGCAGGACUGGGUGUCCGGCCUCCAGAGGCUCAUACUGAAGAAGGAAGAGGAGAUCAGGGCAGCUGACCGGUGCCGGAUCCAACUGCAGCUGCCCGGCAAACAAGACAAGACCGGGAGGCCGACAUACUUCAGUGCAGUGUUCAACACACACAGUCCUGCUAUCAAACAGUCGUGGAUCAGUAACUUGCAGAUGGCUAAGCUGGCUUUAGAGGAGGACAACGUACAGGGCUGGUUUUUUGCUGAAGAUGAUGGAAAUCAGAUAAAAAAGCAGAAGCAUCCUCUUCUACUUCGCCAAAUCCCUGUGAUCAUGUCAAAACUGCAGGAAUUCAAGAUUGAAUGUGCGGUUCACAACCCAGAGCCCUUCAUCAACACAGAGAGCACGGCUGACAGGCCGGCUAUGGGCCACGGAUGCGUCUGGGUUGCAAGUUGCACCAACCAGAUGGGUCAGAUAGCCAUAGUGGCCAUGCAGAACUCCAGCCCCAAAGUGACAGAAUGCUUUAACGUGGAGUCCCGGAUCCUCUGCAUGGCUUACGUUCCGGCCGAGCAAAUCCAGGAGAACGACGGCGACGACAACCGAGCCACCGCCAGGGAUGCCCCCAGUGUCUGCUUGGGCAUGGAGGAGGGCAGCAUAAUUGUAUAUAGGAGCAGCCAAAGAUCCAAGAAGGUUCGACUGCAGCAUUUCUUCACCCCAGAGAAGUCCACAGUCACCAGCCUGGUUUACAGGAAGCAGAGUCUGUUUGUCGGCCUGGUCAGCGGCUCUGUGGCCGUUUACUCCAGAUCACCAGAUAGCUUGUGGGACUACGAAAAACCAAAGCUCCUAAAGCUGGGAGUCCUUCCAGUCAAGGCCAUGCUGGCUGUGGAGGAGCACCUUUGGGCGUCAUCAGGCGGACAAGUCUUUAUCAUCUGCACCCACACACACUGUAUCCAGAGGCACCUGGAGGCUCACCAGGAAGAAGGCAUGGUGGUGUCCCACAUGGUGGCAGCGGGGGUGGGCAUCUGGAUCGCGUUCAGCUCUGGUUCCACUCUCCGUCUCUUCCACACGGAGACCUUGGAGCACCUGCAAGACAUAAACAUCGCCACACCUGUUCACAGUCUCCUACCUGGUAACCAGAGGGUUUUGGUUAGCAGCCUGCUGGUUUGCCAUGGUCUACUGCUCGUGGGAACCAAUUUGGGAGUGACUGUCGCUCUGUCUGUCCCCAGGCUGCAAGGCAUCCCCAAAGUGACAGGUCGAGGUAUGGUAUCGUUACAUGCACACAACGGACCUGUAAAGUUCCUCGUCAUGGCCACGGCGGUGUGUAACCAUCUGCCAGACGUACUGUCACCAUCCCCGCCCUCUUUGCCCCAACCAUCAGAGCCACAGGAUGUAGACGGCGACCGCCCGCCCUCCGAUUCAGCCACGCCUUCCUCUCAGGGACACGGUGUCUGGUUGGGGGAGGCUGGCUGUACCGCCAUGGCUCUGCAGGACUCGCUGUCCUCUUCAUCCUGUGGCUCCUUAGCCCCCUCCCAGGGUUCUUUAGAACAUGGGCCAGAGGAUGGAGCUCUCUAUGACACCAUUCAUGACGCGGCACACCACCAGAGAGCCCGCCGCUCAAGCAAGGUGGAUGUCAGCUCGCUGCUGGUGGUCUCUGGGGGGUUGGGACACCGCCGCGUCACCAAAAAGACCAAACCGUCGCGCCACGAGGACAACACCUCCACCAUCAUGAUCUGGCAGAUCCCAUUACUCAGCAUGUGACACCACAUUUUAACACAUCUCAGACGUUUAUCAAAAGAACUAUUUAAACCAGAGCUUUAUUUGGCGUUAUAAUAUAUUUCUGAGAUGUUAGCACAUGGGUAAUGUCGCAAAAAGUUUAAAAUUUUUUGAGGUUUUUUAAGGAUUUCCUCAGAAAACGAUAGGUGCUACCUUCUGCCUGAUUACGUUCUAUAUCUCAGCUAAUGCACGUCUUUAUAUUUCAGUUUAUUUUAACUUUAUUUGACGGCAGUAUUUAAAUCUGUGUUGGCAACGACGUACUAGCAGGUGGAUUUUAAGGGUUGGGACGGAGAGGUUUCACACGGAGAGCGGAUCCUCUCCUCCUCUGUGUUUUAAGGGUCAAACAGGAUCGGUUUUUCUCCAUGGAACCAGAGUUUAGAUGAGACCAGCGCGCUUGCUGCUCCUGUUCUUCCAUUUCAAGAGAGAAGGGAAUUCCUGAAGAAGGGAAACACGGAUGGCUGAAUCGGUCUGUGAAGCCUUAUGAGAAUCUCUGGCAGGCCAGGUUUCUACUCAUAAAGGGAGAAGUUAUUGCAGAGAGAUGUCUUUACCGUAACGCUCCUGUGUGUAUCAUGUGGGAUAUUAAAAGAUUUCUACAUUUGUCAAACUUCUAUGUACUUAUGUAUAUUAAAAAAUAAAAGGUUUUUAGAACUUUG